AAACAAAGGCCUCAUGGAAGCAUCCGACCCAAAGUCGAAGCCAGAACCGAUUAUACCGAAAUUUCCUCUGUUUUCUCCUAAAAAAGAAAUACCAAAUAUUACUUCCCCUGUUCAUCACACCAUAGCCGCCUCUGUUCCUUUUCAAUGGGAAAAAGAACCAGGAAAACCAAACACCAUUAAUCUACCAAUCAACAAACCAAAAUCCUUAGAGCCACCACCAAGACUUUACUUAAUAAACACACCAUCACCCACCACUGUUCUUGAUGGACCUUAUUAUAAUAAUAAUAACAAGAUUUCAUCUUCUUCAUUUCGAUUCUUGAAAAAUAUCAGUAAAACACCAGAAACAGAGCAAUUUGUGAAAAAGGGAAAUUGGUGGCAGCGGAAUGUUAAACGUAAGAUUGGUAGUAAUAAUUCUUCUGUGUUUUUAUCUUCAAUGGAUUCUACAGGUAAAAGUUGCAGUGCAAGAAUGGGAAGUUUUAGAAGAAAUGGAAGCUCUUCUAAUCUCUAUGCUACUAAGUCCAACAUGAUGUGGGCAAAUAUAUAUGAGGGUUUCAAGAAGGCCAUACCAUGGAAGAGCAACAAGUCAAAGAAUUGUUCAUCUUAUAGCUUUCAACACCAGCAGUCAAUUUAAUCUUAAUGGAGAAUAGUUGGCUGUGGUUGGUCUAAUACUACUGGAAAGUAGAAAUCCUUGUUAAGAAAGGUUAUUAAUUUGUAAUUAUGUUUGGACAUGAAUUUUAUUUGGAAAAGGAAUAGAAGUUAUGUAUUCCUGGUUUGAAGUUGAAAUGAUGGGUCAAAUUGACGUUGAAUGCUUCUUCUUAUAAUGAAGUCGAGUUAUGACAUUGUAGAUUAGGGCAUCUUCAUGCGUCAAAGAUGUGAGUUUUAGUUUCAAGGUUUUUGAAUCAGGUGUGUCUGAGUUACAAUCUUAUGUAUGUAAGAGGGCUAAGCAUAUUCUAAAGUAAUUAAUAUUCCUAUAAUGAGAGUCAUUGUAGUGUAC